CCUUAAACGUAGAAGGUGGUGCAGAUUUGUUGAGGCCACGUAGUGACAUUUACCAGGUGACAUGGAAGCAGGAUCUGCUGAUGGAGCUGACCGCUUAAAACCACUUCAGAGACAAAGAGAGGACGAGACGGACAGAUAAGAAGGUUCAGAUUCUCAAAAAAGGCUGCGAGGAAUCCACAAAUACUGACGAAGGCUGAAGAGAGGCCAGAGAUCCAAAAUGGGAGGCAAGCUCAGCAAAAAGAAGAAGGGAUACAACGUAAAUGAUGACAAGGCCAAAGACAAGGACGCCAAAGCAGAGGGGGCCUCUGCCGAGGAGAGCGAAGCACCGAAAGACAACAAAGACGAGGCCCCGGCUGCCACCGACACUAAGGAAGUAGCGAACGACACGGCGGCCAAGGAGGCGCCGGCAGCAGACGCUGCAGCGCCUAAGGAGGAGGAGAAGAACGCCACUCCCGCCGCGAAGGAGCCCGAGAAACCCGCCGCCAACGCCGAGCCGAAAACGGAGGCGCCCAAGAGCGCAGAGCCCGCCAAGGCUGAGGAGAAACCAGCCGCGCCCGCUCCGGUCAAAGAAUCGGCCCCCGCCGCCAAGGAGCCCGAGGCUAAGGCCGCGGCACCCGCCCCGGCAGCUGAGAAAAAAGAUGAGGCCGACGCCAAAAAGACUGAGGCCCCCGCGGCACCAGCAGCCAAAGCCGAGGCGGGCCCCGCCACCUCCCCUGACCCCAAGCCCACAGAGGCGGCGGCGGCGGCGGCUCCCGCACCGGCAAAGGAGGCCGCCGCAGCCCCUAGUUCAACACCAGCCGCCGAGCCUCCCGCCAAGGAGGCGAACGCCACAGAGGCACCAAGCAAGGAUCAAACCGUAGCAGUUCAAGAUUAAUGGACAGCUUCUUUUCGGAAAUGAAAAAAAUAAAGUACCUAACUCAACGACGAUGAAGAUAAAAAAAAAAUGAAAUUAACUAGCCCACCCAUAUUAUGAUAAUAACAAUAAUAAUAAUAAUUGUAAUGAAAAUUGAUUGAGGAGGACUGGAGCAACCACCUGGAGAAGUUUCCCACCGCUGCAGAUGAUUAUUGCUAUUAUUAUUGUUAUGUUUUAUUCUAUUUUUUUCUGCUGUAGUAUUUGAACUUUGAUACGAGUCUGUGUCGGCCAUUCCAUAAUCCAUCGUUCCCUCUCCUUCAUACGUCAAGAACCUGACUCCCAUCUCAGUCGUCCAAACACUCACCUGCGGCUCUGCUCUGUGGAUUUCAGAACAUCACAAUUUGGGGGAAAUGGGACUGAGGGAAGGAGGGGGUUUGAGAAAUCACUUUACCAGCUGGACUUCCAUUGAAUCUGUCCACUCUUCAGCUCUCCCCCCUUCCACUCAUCCUCCUCUUCAGAGUAUCAUGCUCUCGGCUUUGGCCCGGUACCUCCACUUUUUCUUUUGCUGUGGAAUUGUGGCUGUGUCCUUAUUUAACCCGUCUCCCCCGUCCUCCCCCUCGGCUUUUUGGUAUUGUUGGGUUGUGUUGCUAACCCAUUUUUCCUCUCAAGGUUACACGCCACUUUCUCUGUACGGCAAAAAAAACAAUACGCACCUUUAAAGGGUAGCUUAAAUCUCCUGUGAGGACUGAGAAUGCUCAGGCUUUCUAAAACAUUUCGGAGGUUGUAAAAAGGCCGGCUUUGCAGAGCAAAACACAUUCUUAGACGUAUAAAACAGUCGUAGGAAUUUUUCAGAUAAACUUCUAGAUUUUGUACUGAAACCCUUAGGUAUAUUGUAAGUGAACUAAGUGGGUUUUUUAACAUUUGUAAUACGCUUAUAAAAAUCUGCAAAGCCUCGCUGAACAGAUCCACCGCAGUGUUUUUUAGAAAGUCUGAUAGAAAUCUCUGAUCCUCCAUCCAGAUCUGAUGACUGAAAUUUUAAUUUUUGGUUUUUAAAAGACAUAUCUACUGCUGACCUGUGUGAGAUUAGUCCUACAGUUAGUCUGAUUUUGCUUAGAAGACCAAGUCGGUGACGUUUAGUCCGGAGAGCUCUUUUCUGUGAUUGUCUUCAGUUUCUGGACUGUGUCGCUGGACAAAUCCUUCACUUACUUAAGUAAAAGUAGACAUACUUUAAUAAGUAAAAGGCCUACAUUCUACUUAAAUCGAGGAUUAGCAGCAAAAUAUACUUAAGAAGCGAAAGUAUAUUGAUAUAAUGGACAGCGAUGGGAACUGUUAACAUGUGCUUACCACGUGUUAUUGCCUUUGUAAAGAAAAUCACAAAUCAAAAUACCAAUUUCUGGGAUUUUGGAGUUAAAUUUGGGAUUGAAAUAAAAAACUAGCAUUUGUAUUAAAGACUCUUCAACCAGUAGAUUCAUUUAAAAUUGGCAUAUACAAUGAAACUCUCAUAUGAAUAUAGCAGGAACAUGAGUAAAGCAGUCUGUCCUGUGGAGCAAACCUCAACAGUUUGGUGUCUAAGCAGGUGAAAACACCCCCAGACGAGACCACGUUCAGGUCUGUGAGUCUCCGUAGCUCCGUGUGACUCUCUGUCAUUAACAGUCUGAUCCCGUAGAGGACAGGUGGACAACCUACUCCAUCUAUUGUGGUCCACGUUCCCAUGGCAACCGUACGCCACGUUAUCAUUAUGGGAAGGAAAAAGCCGUGCACAUGAAACGGGAGCUUCUGAUUUUGUCAUUUUCACCCCCUCCAUGCAUUUUUCUUUUACUUUUCAGAAAUAUAUAUGGACGUAUGCGUAUACAAAUAUGCAGCGGCGGACGAACAAGGUACUUUACAUCUUUUACUCAAGUAAAAAGUAAUAUUAAAAUACUCCAUAGCAACCGCCUGUAUUGUCAUAUAACAAAUGUAUCCAAGGUGUAGUGAAGAAGAAGGUUGACUAUUGUCGUGGUUUAGGAUCAGCAGAAAGGAAGGAAGGAGGCUUUUAUAUGACAGAAAGAAAAAUGAAAUAAGUAAACAAGAAAGGGAAGAUUGAAGAACACGAAACAUCAGUGAUAUUUCAUAAUCGUAUCUCGUGAUUAAUGGAAAAUCUAUCAGAUCAAAUAUUACAAAAUUUACCAGCCCUCUAAGAUCGUACUGAACUUCUUUGCUUGAGUAAAAUGUGCUUUCCUUAUUUCCACCUUUGCAUACAUGUAUGUAUAUAAGUAUAUAUUUAUUCAUCUCAGCCAUCCAUUUGCCAACUUUUCAGUUUCAUCCGACUGGCACACGACGUUUUCCUCCCAGCACUUGUCAAACCGUAGCAGAAACAAACACUCGAGGAGCGUUUGUGUGUCACUUGGUUCAGUUUUUUCUUCCUCUCUUGACUCAGUAAAAUUGCAUGUCCGUGGUUGGGUGAACCUGUAGUCCUGUCUUUUUGGUCAAGUGGAAAAAAUAAAUAAAUAAUAAUUUCUCAGUCUGCAUUCAUGGCAACUACAGUUGAUAUUCUCAUUCCCAUGUCUCACCACUGCUAUUUUCCACAACACACACGCUCAUUCAAAAACAAAAACAAAAAGAUGAUAUGGAAAUUGAUGCAUUCAAAAUUAUAUGUACUUGUAUAAAUGGUGCAACAGUAAUAAAAUGUAAGAAAUUGACUGAAACUCGA